AAUUUUUUUUAGUAAACAUUCAUACUGCGUUCAUUCUAUAUAGUGAUUAUAAUGAAAAUCAUGAUUAUUUUUUGAUCAAAUCUUUAAAUCUUUAAAUUCCGUGAAAUAAACAUGUUGUUACCGCAAUUGAUUCGUUCGAUACCGCGACAACAUUCAUCAAAAGUGAUGAUAAUAUUACAGCAACAAAAUUUGAUAAAUACUCAAAAUUCAAUGAUGAUGGUUUCAACGAGAUUUGUGAUAACUCGAAAUUUGAGUUCCCAGAAUAAUCUGACACCAAUAAUCCAAAAAAAUUCAUCUGGUCAUUCAUCAUCAUCCAACAAAUCAUUGACAAAAAAUCCAAUAAAAUCUAUAACAGAAAAUGUUGGCCAAUCAAUCACAUCGGCAAAUAUGGGCAUCAAACAACGAUAUCGAACAUUCAAACGUAAAGUUCGUAUUUUUACAAUUACAUUCGUCAUUACAUUUUUGAUUGUUUAUGGCAUUAUUGAUCAUUCAAUUCGAACUGUUAUAUAUGAAUUUUUAAAGGAACAAAAUUUAAGUUCCUAUAUAACUCCAAUGAUUACCACCACCAUAAUGACAACGAAUAGUGAAAAUGGAAAAAAAUCUGAACAAUAAAUCAAUUAUAUAUUGAAA